AUGUCGAUUCUCGUGAGACCAGCAAAGCGCAAGUUGGACGAGGUUGAGGGGCCGGAAGAACGGGAACGGAACGCCCGUUUCUCGCAGCGAAACAGUCACGAUCAGAGCAACCCCCCGAGUACUUCCCAGUCGCCAAUUCCUCCAUCCAGAAAAGGCUCUGCGCACUCAGCUAUCGGUUCUUGCUCACGGAAUGAGCAAUUGGAGGCAUCAGGGGAUGGGUAUUGGUAUGCGCCAUCGUUGCGGGAAUUGAACUCCAACCGUGCGUCGCCCGUCUGCUUUGAUGGCUUGUCUCAUGCCCAGAGAACCUUCGAUCGGAAUGCGUCGGUUGUCUUAAUUGGUAUCCGGGGCACUGGGAAAUCUAGCCUCGCAGUCAUGCUUGCGGCCACCUCCGGGAGGCGACUGAUCGAUGCGGAUCGGUACUUUCACCAGAUGACGGGCCGUACGCGUGCUGCAUUCAAGAAGAACUAUGACCUCGCAGAUUAUCGUCAACAGGAAGCCAAGGUGAUGGAAUCGAUGCUUAUGGAACACAAAGAAGGCUACGUGAUUGCCUGUGGACCUGGUUCCAUGGAGCGCAGUGGUCAAAGGCUACUCAGAGAGUACGCGAAUACACACCCAGUGAUCCAUGUCAUUCGAGAUCCGGAAAGCAUCCAGUCAUAUUUGAAAGCCUGGGAUACGGAUAAGGUUCGCCGGUUUCUCGAGCUGUCAGGUCCAAUUUAUCGAGCGUGCUCAAACAUGGAGUUUUUUAACGUCUCUGAAUUAGACGCUGGAGAGCAUGCUGGGAAAGAUGGCCAUCACCACACCACACUAGAUCUUGAGCUUGACCACAGAGCACAGUCUCCCACUCCCUUCCUGACUCUAAAAAGACUGCAGCGUGAUUUCCUUCGCUUCGUCAACUUUGCGACAGGAGAUGCAAACGAUGUGAGCAGCCAGGAUGUCUCGUUCCCCCUCUCAAUGCUACCGAUAGAAUCCCGGACGUUUACAUAUUCGGUGGCUGUGCCAAUUUCUUCAUUAUUUGAGCAGGACUUGGACAUCGAAGAUUUGGAGUCUACCACAGAUGCUUUUGAAUUGAAAGUCGACGUGCCAGAAUCCCCUUCUACUCAUAUCGGUGUGGACUCGACUCUCGCGGACAAAAUCAGCCAGACCGUGGCUACGAUUCGACGAAACAUUGUCGUCCCUUUCAUCUUCCAUGUUGAAAGUAAGCUACCUACUGGAAAUUCGACUCCGCAAAGCCAGCCGUUACGACGUCCAGACGAUGCCUAUCUAAACCUAUGCCGACAUGGACUCCGGCUCGCCCCCGAAUUUUUGACCGUCGACCUUUCGUACGAUGAUGCCGUUAUAUCACAAAUAAUCGCUUCCAAGGGCACAACCGCGGUUAUUGGGCAUUUUGCGGCCUUCGAGCCUCUUCCUAGUGGCUGGGAUAAUGCGGAUUACACUGAAAUGUACGAGCGAGCCAAAAAACUGGGAUGCGACAUGGUUAGGCUGUCACAAUCAGCGGCAACAAUUGAUGACAAUUAUGCCGUUCAAAGGUUCCGUCAUCAUAUCAACACUCUUCCUAAGCCAAGCCUUCCUCUUAUUGCUUACAACUCUGGUCCUCUGGGCCGAAUGUCGUGCUGUUUCAAUCCUAUUCUUACUCCCGUCACCCACCCUUCUCUAUCGUCAGACCCGGCAAAACUGCCACCAUGUAUCACUCUACGUGAAGCGCAUGAAGCUCUUUACGCCUCAUUUACACUGGAUCCGAUGCAGUUCUUUGUUUUCGGUGCCAAUGUCACCUACAGUUUGUCUCCGGCCAUGCACAAUGCAGCUUAUAAGCUGUGCGGCAUGCCCCACGUAUAUAGCAUUCAUCAGUCAUCAUCUCUACGAGGCUUGAGUGAACUCGUGGAAAACCCUCAUUUUGGCGGUGCCAGUGUCAGUUUGCCUUACAAGACCGAGGCUAUUCCCCUCCUCCACUCAAUGUCUCCACAUGCUCGGGCUAUUGGUGCCGUCAACACCAUAGUUCCUAUACGAAACAUCGAGGACAAUGUCCUCGUCUCGGAGAAGUCCUCUCUAUACCUGGAGAAGAGCCGUGCUGGGCCCAUCAAAGCCCUGCAUGGCGAUAACACCGACUGGAUCGGAAUCGGCAACUGUUUCCGGAGAGGUUUAUCUCCCGCUAACGCAAUCCGCCCUAACUCCACGGGUCUUGUCAUCGGAGCAGGGGGUAUGGCUCGUGCGGCUGUGUAUUCCAUGAUCCAUCUAGGCUUGCAGAACAUUUUCGUUUUCAACCGCACAUCCGCCAACGCGGAGAAGCUUGUCCAUCACUAUCAUCGACAAAACCUCCAUCACGCCCUAAAGAGGAGCGGGUCGACUCCCCAUCCCACAAUACACGUCCUGGCCUCGUUGCAAGACAACUGGCCUGCCGGCUACAAACAGCCAACAGUCAUUGCGUCUUGUAUUCCAGCUCACAGUAUUGGAGGACAACCGGCGCCCAAUUUUGAAAUACCUUCCCAGUGGCUUGAAAGCCCUACUGGUGGUGUUGUUGUCGAGCUAGCUUACAAACCCCUCAACACCCCACUCAUCAAGCAAAUGCGAGCUCUUUCCCAUAGAGGCUGGGUAGCCCUUGACGGUCUCGAUGUUCUGCCAGAACAAGGUUUUGCCCAAUUUGAGCUUUUCACGGGCCGUCGCGCUCCCCGGCGAUUGAUGAGGACGAUUGUGUUGAAGGAAUACAAGGAUGAAGAAGAGCAAUAUGACCCCAGCUCAAUUCAGAGUCGGCUGGAAAAUCUGGAUGGACAGCCUACAUGA